AUGAAGUACGAUUUCGCAAUGGAGAACUGUUUAGGGACCGACUAUCCGAACCUGCACGAACUCAACAAGAACUGUUAUGGGUUCUCGCCGGCCAGCGUGCAGAACGGACCACAGGCCGCUGCGGCCGCGGCCGCUGCCGAUGAACAGACCAUGUACAAGGGUCGCGGUAGGAAGCGGGGCGUGAACAAAGGUAGAGACGGUCUCGGAUGGUCGAGUGUGGACCACGGAAACCCAGAGCAGAUAUUCGCAUCCAAGUCGGAAUUGCAAUUGCACUCGCAGCUGCACGUCAAAGACGUGAAACCGUACAAAUGCCAUCAGUGCAACAAAACAUUCGCCAACAGCUCGUACCUGAGCCAGCACACGCGCAUCCAUCUGGGCAUCAAACCGUACCGGUGCGACAUCUGCCAGCGGAGGUUCACGCAGCUCAGCCACCUGCAGCAGCACAUACGCACGCACACCGGCGACAAGCCGUACAAGUGCAGGCACCCGGGUUGCACCAAGGCGUUCUCGCAGCUCAGCAACCUGCAGUCGCACUCCCGGUGCCACCAGACGGACAAGCCGUUCAAGUGUAACUCGUGCUAUAAGUGCUUCCAGGACGAGCAGUCGCUGCUCGAGCACAUACCCAAGCACAAGGAGUCCAAACACCUCAAGACGCACAUAUGCCAGUACUGUGGCAAGUCGUACACGCAGGAGACGUACCUGUCCAAGCACAUGCAGAAGCACGCCGAGCGGAUGGACAAGCGGCCGCCGAUCAUCGGCAUACCGCGCGUGGCCCUGGAGAACGGCGCGUACUGGGGCAAGAUGUCGCCGGAUACGGCCAACAACCUGGUGGAGGCCAUCAACCAGCAACAGCAGCAGCAAGAGUGUAUGCAAGGAGGAGGCGGCGGCGGUUCUAACGGAGGCGGUGGCGUCGCAACCGCCGGCGACUUGAACGCCGGAGGACCGUCCAGCACUGCGGCGUCCGUGGCCGCCGACGAUCAGCCGUCCAACAGGCACGGCACCCACCUACCCCCCGCUCCGCCAGAGUACCUGUCGGACACGUCGUCCGUUCCCAAGACGAGCACGUCCGCGUUCACGCCCAUCCAGUCGUUCGGACUGCCGACGCACCCACCGCCGCCACCGUCGCACCACCCACACCACCCGCACCACCAACAGCACCACCAGCAGACCAUGUACAUGCCGUACAACCACUUGUCGUUCUCGGGCGCCAAGCAGCUGGGCGCGCACGGCCACCAACUGUCGCCGAUGGCCGGCCCCAUGGACAUGAAGCCGCCGUCCGUCGGGUCCAACGGGUUCCCCAACCAGCUGAUCUCGCUGCACCACAUACGCAACUACUCGCACCAGCCGAGUCCAUCGUCCAUCAUGUCCGAACACCUGUUGCACGGCAUGAAGGACAAGGUGCAGUAG